CUUCUUCUUCUGCUUCUUCUGCUUCUCCUCCUCCUCCUCCUCCUUUACUUCCUGUUGUGGAGGGGGAGAUUAAGGGGAAUAGGAGGUGGGAAGGGGAAGGGCACAGAGAGAGGAUGGGAACGCUGGCUGGGGUCCUGAGCGGCAUUGCGGGCUUGUUUCUGGGGCGCGCUGAGUGGGAAGAGCACUUCGUGGCCGGGGGUAUCGGCUGGUGUGAAGGGCGCGUGCUCGAGAAAGCCGAGAGCCGGUGUCCGGCGUGUGUGCUGGCUGUCGUGGGGGGCAAGGGGGAGGUACUGGUGGCAUUGCGGGCGAAUGCCUCGGGGAGGGCCAAGGGAAAGCAGCCGAGGCUGUUGAGGCUCGUGGAUGCGUGGCUGCGGCUGAGGGGGCCUCGGGAGGAAGCGAAGAUGA